AUGUCUGGAGCCAGUCGCUGCUUGCUCGCAUGCUCCAACUUUCUGACAUUCUUAGUAUCACUCCCUCUCAUGGCUUCAGUCAUGAUUACGCAUUUUUCUAGCCAUACAAGUUGUAGUCAUUACCUGCUGCAUCCCCUUUUUGUGAUUGGAAUUGUCCUUUUUGUUGUGUCAAUCCUGGGGAUGAUUGGUUCAUGCUAUCGCAUCACCUUCAUGCUCUGGUUUUAUCAAUGGUUGAUGUUCUUAUUGAUAUUUGUGCUCUUGUGCUUCACGGUAUUGUCAGUUGUUGAGGUCCAUAGUGGUAUGAGAAAGGGUGUGUCUGGCGAAAGUCCACGGCUCCAACAGUUUUCAGACUGGUUGCAGAUGAAUGUGGUUGACAGGCAGAACUGGCUCGGUAUCAAGGCCUGUCUUAGCGAGACUAAAAUUUGCUCAAGCCCAGAAAUCUCCCCACCGGCGCGUGGGUUAUAUCGUCCCAUUAAGAAUGGUUGCUGUAAGCCCCCUGCUCACUGUGGUUAUAAGUUGAAGAAUGGCACCGUUUGGACAGUCCCAAGCUCGGGCUUAGCUUCUCGAGACCAUGAUUGCAUUAUGUGGAGUAGUGAACCGAAUACCCUCUGCUAUGAUUGUGAGUCGUGCAAAGCAGGGGUCCUUUCGAGGAUACAGGAGGACUGGUGGAGGCUAAGCAUUAUUGCUUGCUGCCUAAUCGCCUUCCUCGUCAUCAACUUCAUGGUCGGCUGCUGUGCUUUCAGAAGUAGCCGAGCUUUUGACAAAUACCAGAGAUGUGGAUAUAAGAGUUGA